GCGGCCCAGGCCCCUCCCUGCGGGGCGGCGGCCAUCUUGGCCGGGUGGCGGCGGGAGCACGUUGCGCGCCGGCCCGUGGAGGACGCGGCGCAGUUGCCGGCUCGAGCCUGGCCGGGGAGCGGCGCUCCCCUCUCACCCUCCCGAUCUGGAAGUCUCGAAUUCCUCCUGCUCAUAAUCUGACUGGUGUAUGUGCUUAACCCUAAGCUGUGCAUUAUGGCAGACAAACUAACAAGAAUUGCUAUUGUUAACCAUGACAAGUGUAAGCCAAAGAAAUGCCGUCAAGAAUGCAAAAAGAGUUGUCCUGUGGUUCGAAUGGGAAAACUUUGCAUAGAAGUCACAUCGCAGAGCAAAAUAGCAUGGAUCUCAGAAACACUUUGUAUUGGUUGUGGUAUUUGCAUCAAGAAAUGUCCUUUCGGAGCCCUGUCAAUUGUUAACUUACCUAGCAACCUGGAGAAAGAAACAACACACAGAUAUUGUGCUAAUGCCUUCAAACUUCACAGGUUGCCUAUCCCUCGUCCGGGUGAAGUACUGGGAUUGGUCGGAACCAAUGGUAUUGGAAAAUCAACUGCCUUGAAAAUUCUAGCAGGAAAACAGAAGCCAAAUCUUGGAAAGUAUGACGAUCCACCUGACUGGCAAGAAAUUUUGACUUAUUUUCGAGGAUCUGAAUUACAAAAUUAUUUCACUAAGAUCCUAGAAGAUGACUUGAAAGCCAUUAUUAAACCUCAGUAUGUGGACCAGAUACCUAAAGCUGCCAAGGGAACAGUGGGAUCAAUUUUGGAUAGAAAGGAUGAAACUAGUACACAAACUGUUGUUUGUCAACAACUUGAUUUAACCCAUCUGAGAGAAAGAAAUGUUGAGGACCUUUCAGGAGGAGAACUUCAGAGAUUUGCUUGUGCAGUUGUGUGCAUUCAGAAGGCUGAUAUCUUCAUGUUUGAUGAACCUUCUAGCUACCUAGAUGUGAAGCAGCGCUUGAAGGCUGCCAUAACUAUUCGAUCCCUGAUAAACCCUGACAGGUACAUUAUUGUUGUAGAGCAUGAUCUAAGUGUGUUGGAUUAUCUGUCUGACUUUAUCUGCUGCCUGUAUGGUGUGCCAAGUGCUUAUGGUGUUGUAACUAUGCCUUUCAGUGUAAGAGAAGGCAUAAACAUAUUCUUAGAUGGCUACGUUCCAACAGAAAAUCUAAGGUUUCGAGAUGCAUCUUUGGUUUUUAAAGUAGCUGAGACAGCUAAUGAAGAAGAGGUUAAGAAGAUGUGUAUGUAUAAAUAUCCAGGAAUGAAAAAAAAGAUGGGAGAAUUUGAACUAUCCAUAGUGGCUGGAGAAUUCACUGAUUCUGAAAUCAUGGUGAUGUUAGGGGAAAACGGAACUGGCAAAACUACAUUUAUCCGAAUGCUUGCAGGAAGACUUACACCUGAUGAAGGAGGUGAAGUCCCAGUUCUAAAUGUCAGCUACAAGCCACAGAAGAUCAGUCCUAAAUCUACAGGAAGUGUCCGUCAACUACUGCAUGAGAAGAUCAGAGAUGCCUAUACACACCCCCAGUUUGUAACUGAUGUAAUGAAACCUCUUCAGAUAGAAAACAUCAUUGACCAAGAGGUUCAGACAUUGUCUGGUGGUGAGCUCCAGCGUGUAGCAUUAGCUCUUUGUCUCGGUAAGCCUGCAGAUGUUUACCUAAUUGACGAACCUUCGGCGUAUUUGGACUCUGAACAGCGUCUGAUGGCUGCUAGAGUCAUUAAACGUUUCAUUCUCCAUGCUAAAAAAACGGCUUUUGUGGUAGAACAUGACUUUAUCAUGGCUACUUAUCUUGCUGAUCGAGUGAUUGUUUUUGAUGGUAUUCCUUCCAAGAACACACUUGCAAACAGUCCUCAAACUCUUUUGGCUGGAAUGAAUAAGUUUUUAUCUCAACUUGAAAUCACUUUUAGAAGGGACCCCAACAAUUACCGACCAAGAAUAAACAAACUCAAUUCAAUCAAGGAUGUGGAACAAAAGAAGAGUGGAAACUACUUUUUCUUGGAUGACUAAAUAUUGAAUCUGAGCAUCUUUAAUUGCCAUAUACAAAUGCAAAUUGAAGUCUGAACAGUUGUGAGUUAAGACUCAAUCAGGUUUUAGAACACUUCAUCUUUUGGAGCUUAAACUCUGUUGCUGCGUGUAACACCGCAGGCCACUUGCAGUGUAAAUUCUAGUCCGAGUAAAACUGCCACUUUCUUUGUAUGGUAUCACAGCCAUAUUUUCAUUGUAAUAAUUCAAAAUAGACAAACCUAAAAUUGUGCAAAAGUGUCUCCAGAUUUUUCAAAAUUUAAGGCGGGAUUUCAGUUCAAUACAUUCUACUCUUACCAAGUGGUGACUGGACUUCCAAAUUAAAAAACAAAAAAACAACAACAAAAAAACCCACACCUUUGCUGCUUCCUGUAUAAGAUGAAGACUUGCAAAGAAUAUGAAGACAAAAACUAAUUUUUAAAAGUAAAUCUCUCUGAAUGAGGGUUUCAUAAAUAAAUGGAAACACUCUUCUGUGACACAGUACAAAAAUCAUUGAAUUACUAAUUCAGUGUGUAUGUUUGCAUGUAUUUUUGUAUGAUGGUCAUGCACACAUUUUUUCAUGUUAGCAAGGUAACACAGAUGGGAGUACAAACUACAUACAAUAGAGAUUUACACUUCAGUCCUCUGCCUUUUUACAUCUUCUCAGAUGUAGUAACAGCAGGUCCAUUGAAUAAAAUUUUUAAAAGAAAAUACUGAAAUCCUUUCAGUCUUCUGUAACUGAAAUCUGUGUUGAAUUUCCAUAGCCAAGGAUAGUGAAGAAAAGCUAAUGACUGACUUUUCUAAUUGCUUGCUGAAAAAGCUCUACAGUAUAGUAUAGGAAGUCGGUUUUUGAGUAAUAAAACCAUGUUUCACAAAUACUGACAACUUGUUGACAAAACCCUCCUCCUAUACUGUAUUAAAUUCAUAUGUAGCUACUCAAAGCUGAAGAGAACACUUGCCUUAUGUGUUCUUCUAAUAAAUUGAUAAUCUAUGCAGAGCUUUGUCAAGGAGCAAAAAUAGUACAGCAGCUGAUCUGUGGGCAAGAGUGUAUAGCUCAAAUUUAGGGAUUCCCUCAGAAGCUAAAACAGGGUAAGGUUUCAAUUUAGAUAGCAUAGAGCAAAGUAUACUUUUGCAUGCAAGGGUUUUUAAUGGCACCCAUAGGGGAUUUAUAGAACCAAAGGGGAUGUUUCAAAGGAGGGAAGAAAUCCCUUUCUCUUAUACUGUUUAUCUGAGCAGAAUAAAAUACAUGCAGACAGCUGCUGCUUUAAGGUUUGACACUGGCCCUAUGAAAAUACAUGGGGCUUCCUUAAACUGUAGAGAGUUCAUUUUAAAGCAGUUAAUUACCUUGUAACAUGUCAAAGUGGCAAUUGCUUCUGCAACAGCUGCUAGUAAAAUUCUAGUAUAGACCUGUCUGUAUUUGUUAUUUGGAAGAUCAGCCCCUGCACUUCAGAGAGAGGGAAUAAUGCGUCAUCAGACAGGCCACACUACAGCCAGGCAGAUUCAAGAGGGACACAGACUGCAAGGGAUCACCAUGGCUGGAUCAUCAGCAGCUGACUGGUUGCAACAAGAAGGAUCCACAGUCAAAUGAGACCAGUGGAAGUUGUGGAAGAGUAAAGACACGUGUUGGAGGAGGAGCUGGCCUGUAGACUGUAGCUGUUGAAGUCUUGACCAUUCUUCUACUUGUGUGAUUAAGAUCAGCUCAUUUUUCAAGAAGCAUAUUAAAAUGAUGCAUCAUUUAGUAGGUUAAACAUCUUACAAAAACAUACCAUUUCUAUGGGCACAUUCCCUAACUUCCUCAAAGUUUUGCUCUAUAAAACCAUUUUUUUAAGGAAGGGAAGUUGAGGCUGAAGUCACCCUUCCAUCCAGACUUGCUAGCAGAUGAAUCACAGUUGUCUCAUCCCUGUUCAUAACUGCUGGAACACCCCAUCGCUCCAGGGGAAGACGGAGUUGUAAAGAGAUGAAGAUGCAAGAAGUAACUUUUGGCUAUGUUAUGAUUCCUUUAUGCAGUCAAAAGGGAAAGGAAGUAGCUUAAUACAAAAACUGACUCUUAAAAGAGCUAGCUUUUUUAAGUAAGGUCCUUCAGAAAGCAGGAAGGAAAAAAGUAUUAUAUUUUUGAGGGUUCCUAAGCAAAAAGUUGAACAAAUGCAAGUGUCGUAGAUAACUGAAAAUAGCUUUCAACUGUAUAGCUCUCAACCAGUAAAGUAAGGUAUUUUCCAUGCAA